UCUGCCGGGAGGGGCUGGGCCGAGAGUCCGGCCGCUGCUGGCUGGGGCUUUAGUGACUUCCUUGUUGUGAACCCCGGCCCGGCGGUGUCCGGACUCGUAGCCCCGCUGCCCUUAGCGGGACCGCUAGCCUGAGUCUAGGUCGCAGCCGCAACUCCAGGCCGUCGAUUCCCUUUUCAGCACAGGUCUUUCCCCUCCGCACGCCUCGCGCUCCCUAACAUGCCCAACCCCAGCAGCACCUCCUCUCCCUACCCCCUCCCUGAGGAAAUUAGGAACCUGUUGGCAGAUGUUGAAACAUUUGUAGCAGACACACUGAGAGGGGAAAAUUUAUCCAAGAAAGCAAAGGAAAAGAGAGAAUCCCUUAUUAAGAAGAUAAAAGAUGUGAAGUCUAUCUAUCUUCAGGAAUUUCAAGACAAAGGUGAUGCAGAAGAUGGGGAAGAGUAUGAUGACCCUUUUGCUGGACCCCCAGACACUAUUUCGUUAGCCUCGGAAAGAUAUGAUAAAGAUGACGAAGCCCAUUCUGAAGGAAACCAGUUUCCUCCAAUUGCAGCACAGGACCUUCCUUUUGUUUUAAAGGCUGGCUACCUUGAGAAACGUAGAAAAGAUCACAGCUUUCUGGGAUUCGAAUGGCAGAAACGGUGGUGUGCCCUCAGCAAAACUGUAUUCUAUUAUUAUGGAAGUGAUAAAGACAAGCAACAGAAAGGUGAAUUCGCAAUAGACGGCUACAAUGUCAGAAUGAAUAACACUCUCAGGAAGGAUGCAAAGAAGGAUUGCUGUUUUGAAAUCUCUGCUCCUGAUAAACGGAUCUAUCAGUUCACAGCAGCGUCUCCCAAAGAUGCUGAGCAGUGGGUACAGCAGCUGAAAUUUGUAUUACGCGACAUGGGAUCUGAUGUUAUUCCUGAAGACAACGACGAAAGAGGGGAAUUGUAUGAUGACGUGGACCAUCCUCUGCCAACCAGCAGCCAGCCACCUGAUGAUGAAAUUUAUGAAGAACUUCCAGAAGAGGAAGAGGACAGUGCUCCCGCAAACGUGGAGGACCAAAGGAAGACGAGUCAGGACAGUGCUCUCCCCGCCACAGGAGAUAAAAGCACCGAUUAUGCUAAUUUUUACCAGGGUUUGUGGGACUGCACAGGAGCUCUUUCUGAUGAGUUGUCAUUUAAACGUGGUGAUGUGAUUUACAUUCUUAGCAAGGAAUACAAUAGAUAUGGCUGGUGGGUAGGAGAAAUGAAGGGAGCCAUUGGCUUGGUGCCGAAAGCCUACAUAAUGGAGAUGUAUGAUAUUUGAGAGUCCUGGCAGGAAAAAUCAACAUUUCAACUGAAGAAAAAAAUUAAGCUGCAACUUUCCCUUUCUGCCUGCAGAAAAGGAAGAUUCUUCUGCUAGUCAGUAAAUGCUUUGGAUUUAGAAUCAUCUCGAAAGCCUGCGUGGCAGCUCAUAACCUUUUUGUGUUUUAUUGAACGUUUGUCUUUAACUGUUAUUUUAUGCAUUCAUUAUAAUAUUCCUCUGAUGUGAAAUUAAAUAAAGAAUAUUAAUGUAAAUUAGAUGCAGGCAGGAAACUUGUACCUGUUGCUAUUUUGCUAAGAAAUAAAUGUAGUUUUUAUUUACUCAUUUGAUUUGUGUGAAGAAUUCAGCAUAAUUUGCUAUGUACUGCACAGUCCCUGCUACUUUCAUUAUGGGUUGAAUUCCUCUUUGUGUUGAAUGUCAAUUAUAUUUUAGAGUGUAAUACGUAAUUUCAUAGAAAUUUGAAUUGAGUAUAUCAUGCCAACUUCUGGUAGAUGCUAUCUAAAGAAUGUGGCUUUGUUAACCAUCUUAGUACUUAUCUUUCACACAGUAGUAACAUAUUUUCAUGAAAGAAUCUUACUGAUUGGCAAGUUUCCUUCGUGUUAAAUAUAGCCACAAGAAAGAAAAGAUGACAGGCUUCCCGAUGGCAGUGCACGGACACCUGUGACACAUGCGGACCAGAACCACGGUCCAUGCCGAGCCCUUUCUCAAUAACAAACAUCCUGAUUAGAUGACGGACUUGCCAACGUUUUCCACCACCGUUCUGUAUUUAAAUGGAAUAAAAUAAAAAAUUCAUAAGAAAGCCCAUUCUGUGUAAUACAAUGGCCUAAAGAGUCUCCGUAUGUAGUUUCAAAGUAAGGAGACCUAACGGAGCGCUGCCUUAUCCUGCCCGAUCACUGCUGUGCUGUUAAAGUCCCAGCACAGAACAGUAGAACCCCAGAUCUGAGUCUCUCUGAGUCUCACACUUCUCAGAGCAGUGAAAGGAAAAGGAAGGGCUCAGAGAGGAGAGCAUAGAAAUCAUGGUGGGAACACAUACCAACAGGCGAGUGGAAAGGUAGGGUUAGCCGACACUGGAGGUCUAUGUUGUGCGGCCGGAGCAAGAUUUGUGGAACGAUUACAUUACCUUUCCAUGUAUAUUUGAAAUCAAGGGUAUUAUUUUAAAUGCCAACAAGGUAGCAGUGUGGCCUUGAUACACAUCAAAAUGUCCUGCUGAUUGGAUAAUUAUUUGAUGUGGAUAGACUCAUGUAAUUUUGAAUCAUUGAUUGGGGGGUACCACCUUUGUUGAACUCUUCAGAUGUUUGUUUUAUAAAGGUAAAGAUGCUAACCAUGAAUGAAUUGAAACCCCCCUUUAUUUAUAUAAAACUAUUUAUGAGCAAUAUUUCAGAGCUUAAAUUUAACGUUAUCUUCUCAAUACUGUGAUCAUCAGAUUUCAAAUGUGAUGAAGUCUAUGUUUUAGUUUUAGGGAUUGUGGGUCUAGUCUAGUUUACAUAAAUUAGACGUUGUCAAGUUAAAGCUUUCGGAAAUGAAUUUGUGCACUCGUUAAUCUGCUCCUAAUAGAGAUCCGUUGGAGCAGGUUGAAAUCAUCUCAGCAUAGAUGAGACAACUGGAGACAAAUUUAGUGGUCUGCUUUUCAAAGCCUGAGAGAUGACAAGCAAAAGCAGUCGUGGGUUUCCCCUGAAAAUGUAAUUUUGGUAAUGGAUACAGGUUUCAUGCUUCUGGUUGAAGGGAAGAUUUUCCUGCUCGGCCAGUAGGUGGCAGCAGCUUUUCAUCACAUACCAAAGCACUGGGCAGCCCCUCCCCCACUCGGGCACAAACUGGAGCUGAACGUAAAGCAUGUAAAAGAGUUUUGCCUCCUUUUACAGUUAAUCCAGGAGAGGGAGUCCUUUGCCAACUGAUGACCAACAAUUCCAAGCUAGAUAGUCUCUGUGAAUGGUGACAAUACAGAAAUAAAGUGUUAACUUUUGUCCAGAGCCGCUCUGGCCUUUGUUCUUGUUUAACUUGAAUAUAGGUGGGAGAUAGGAAGGGAAGCGAAAGAUUUAAAAUUAGAGUGAUAAGAAAAAUAAUCAUUACUUUCAAUGCAUGACUCCUUUGUAUUCAUUUGGCAAAAUCAUUUGUAUACUACCAGGGAGAAAGUUUUCUUUACACCCUUGACAAUAUAUCACACUCUCUUCAAGAUCAUAAUAAUAUCAUUAAUGUGAAUUUAAACAACAUGGCUUGUUAGAAAAUAUGCUAAUUGCUAUGUUCUCAUUAUGUUUGCUUAGCUUUUAUUUGUUUUUCUAUGAACAGUUAGAGAGCUAAUUUUUUUCAAAGGUGAUUGUAAGUCAUAUUUUAUAUAGCAUUUUGCUUGAUUAUUUGCUCUGUACUGAAUUUGUACUCUAUUGCCAUUAGAUCUUACAAUAAUGUUCCACUCUGCAAAUUUUUAAGGUUCAAAUAAAGUUUAAUUGUUUGCAAACUGU